AUGAGAUCUGCAGCUAGCCAUACCCAGCCUGACUUGGACACCACUCAACAAGGAAACCCAGUAGAUACUGAAAUGACCAUCCCUAUUACUGAACUAGAAAACCCUCUUUUAACUAACUUGGCCAAUCUUCAUCCAGCAGUAAGAGACCUAUUUCCAAUCACUGAUAGAAAAUGCCUUAGAGAAUUAGACAACUAUAAAAGAAAACUCAGCCAAUACUACGAGAUGAAAACAAUACCACCAAACUACUUUGACCUACCACCACCCAAAGUUCACCUACCUCUGGCAUAUCAAGAUCUUAGUCAUAAAUAUAGAAGCUACUUUUCACUAGACCCAAAUAACUGCUAUGGCAAAUCUCAAAGAAUUAUAGAAGAACUACGAGAAGAAUAUUCCUUCAAAAACCUGCCUAAUGACUACUAUCAGGCAAAACUUCCUCUUCUCAAGGAUCCAAACAAAAUCAAACUAUAA